CUGGUAGUGUCCCGGAACUGCAGCCUGAGCGGCGGGCGGGCGGCAUGGCGGCGGCGGCCAUGGUGGCGUCGUGUGGGGCGUCCAGUGCCCGGGACAUCUUCCUCAACCUGGACUACGGGCCUGCUCCCGAGAGCCCCUCGCUGGCGCUGGCCUGGCUGGAUACCCAAGGCUCAAACCUGGGCCACUUUGUGGAUGGAAAGUGGCUGAAACCUGAGGGCCGAGGCACCAUCAGCUGUAGGGACCCAUCCUCAGGCGAGUUCCUGGCCAACUGCUUCCAGGCCAAGAAUGAAGAUGUGGCUUUGGCUGUGGACGUGGCUCAGCGAGCUUUUGAAGGGUGGAGCCAGCUUCCUGGGGCCACUCGUGCUCAGCACCUGGUUAGGCUGGCAGAGAUGAUCCAGAAGCAUCAGAAGCUUCUAUGGAUUCUUGAGGCGCUAGCAUCUGGCCGCGUGGUGCGUGAGGUCCGUGAUGGGGACAUUCCUCUGGCCCAUCAGCUGCUGCAAUACCACGCGUGCUGGGCCCAGACUCAGGAGCAGGCCCUGUCAGGAUGGGAGCCCAUGGGAGUGGUAGCCAUCAUCCUCCCACCAACGUUCUCCUUCAUUGAGAUGAUGUGGAGAAUCUGCCCAGCCCUGGCCGUGGGGUGUACUGUGGUGGUCCUCGGAGGCCCAACCUCUCUGACGUCACUGCUUGUGGCCCAGCUGAGUGAGGAGGCUGGGCUGCCUCCAGGUGUCCUCAAUGUGGUCAUGGGAGCCACCUCCUUAGAGACCUUGCUCCCCACCCUGCCGGGCAUUGCCAAGAUCACCUUCUGUGGGACUAUAGAGGAAGGCAAGGCCCUGCGUAAGGCACUAGCUGGUAGCAGCGCUGACCUCUCCCUGAGCCUGGGCACAGAAUCUCUGCUGGUGAUCACGGAUACAGCCGACCUGGACUCGGCAGUGGAAGGGGUGGUGGAUGCUGUCUGGUCUGACCGCAGCCUGGGUGGGCUGCGGCUGCUGGUGCAGGUGUGUGAGUGGGAACGGACCCUGGAGAGACUCAAGGCCCGCAUGUGCGGGGUGCGUCAAGGCCGGAGCUUGGACUGGGCCAUGGACAUGGGCACGCCUGGGGUCUCUGCCUGGGAGAAAGCCCAGAACUACAUUCAGGAAGCCCAGAACCAGGGGGCGCAGAUAUUCCAAGCUGGGAAUGUCCCCCCAAACAGCCCGUUCUUUCCCCCAACGCUGAUCCUGGGUCUGGCCCCAGCAAGCCCAUGUGCCCAGGCAGAGGUGCCAUGGCCUGUGGUUCUGCUCUCCCCGUUCCGCACAGCAAAGGAGGCGCUGACUCUGGUCAAUGGCACUCCUCGAGGGGGCAGCACCAGCGUGUGGAGUGAGCGGCUCACAUUGGCCCUGGAUCUGGCCUAUAAGCUCCGAGUGGGCACCGUUUGGAUCAAUGCCCAUGGACUCAAAGAUGCAGGUGCCCCCAUGGGUGGCUGCAAGGAGAACGGGUCAUCCUGGCACGGAGGCCCUGAUGGCCUCUAUGAGUACCUCCACCCUGUGGACCUCCCUCCCUGGCCUGGAGGGCCCUUGGAGAAUGUGGACUAUGACAAGUUUGGCCUGUCUGUCCCACCUGUCCUGCCAUCUGGCCCUGACACCUCCCCCAGCACGACUGUCCCAUAUGGGGUCUUUCUGGCUGGCCGUUUCCAGAAUCCUGCCAGCCGUAGCUCAAGGCCCAUCCUAGGCUCCAGUGGGAGUGUCUGUGCACAUGUGGCAGAAGGCAGUGCCAAGGACAUUCGAGUGGCUGUGGAAGCAGCCCACCAGGCAGCAGCCCUCUGGACCAGUCGGGUGCCAGGGAGCCGGGCAUCAACCCUGUGGGCGCUGGCUGACGCAUUGUCCCAGAGGAGCCAGGCCCUAGCAGAACAGCUGACAGAGGUGACCGGAAUUGACGUUGCGGAUGCUCAGACUGAAGUGGUGUUGAGCAUUGCCCGGCUACGGGCCUGGGGAGCGCAGGUCCAUGCCCAGGGAGCUGGCCUACAUAGUGCUGGGCACCAGGGGCCUUUUCUGUGCCUUCGAGAGGCCCUGGGAGUGCUGGGUAUCAUCUGCCCAGAGGAGCAGCCCUUGCUCGCCUUUGUGUCUCUCCUUGCCCCAGCCUUGGCCUACGGCAAUGCUGUCAUCAUGGUGCCCAGUGGGGCCUGUCCACUGCCGGCCCUGCAGCUCUGCCAGGACGUAGCCUGCCUGCUCCCACCUGGGCUGGUGAAUGUGGUAACGGGGGACCGAGACCACCUCACCCGUUGUCUGGCCCUUCAUCAGGAUAUACCUGCCCUGUGGUAUUUCGGCUCUGCCCAGGGUUCCCGGUUUGUGAAAUGGGCCUCGGCUGGGAACCUAAAGAUGAUAUGGGUGAACAAGGGUCAGAGCCGAUCCUGGGACCGAGAGCCAGAGGGAGCCGGACUCGAGCUGUGCCUUCGGGCAGCCCGUACUAAGGCUCUCUGGCUGUCUCUGGGAGACAUCUGAGCCUGCCACCUUAGUCCUAGAAACCAUGGCUGCUGGACAUCUGGAGGAUUGAGCCAAAAAGACCCAUGGAGCCCAGACUUGCCCCCUCAUUGUGGUCCCCACUUGAAUAAAUGAUCUCACAUAUA